AUGCAACGACAAAGACGCCUCAUCUAUCUGGUUUUUAUCCAUGGCAUCCAAGGCCAUCCACAUAAGACCUGGGCCACCCCCUCUGUUGACCCGUCGAAAACCACGGGCCGCAACGUUUUGUCGCUUCUGAAUCGCCGGUCGAAACAAGUCGGCUCCGAUGGCUGCCUCACCGUCGUGGCGGACUCAGUCUUCUGGCCCAAGGAUUUUCUCGCUGCCGACUGUAGAAACGCCCGCAUUCUCACGUACGGAUACGAUUCCCGCGUUACGCACUUUUUCGGGGGGGCACCCAACCAGAACAACAUCAGCGCCCAUGGCCGAUCGCUGCUCAACGCUCUCGAGCGCAACCGGCGCGAGUCGCCCAAGCGGCCCGUCAUAUUCAUCGUCCACAGCUUGGGCGGCAUCGUGUUAAAAGAGGCUCUCCGUCGGUCCAAAGCAGCUCGCCUAGAGGACCAGGAUCUUCGCGACAUGUACGAGUGCACCUAUGCUAUUGUCUUCUUCGGAACGCCCCAUCGUGGGAGUUCCUACGCCAAGAUUGGCCUCGUUGCCGAGCGUAUUGUGAAAACCGUCGGCUUCGCUGCGAAUGACAAGCUCCUAAGAGACCUUAAGCCUGACGGCACGCAUCUCGAAAUUUUGAGGGAGGAUUUCUCUACCAUGCUCGAGGACCGAGCCUUCAAGGUUUAUUCUUUCCAGGAGGGCCAGGGCUUGUACGUGGUCGACGAUGCAUCGUCUAGCUUGGACAGCCAGAUGGAGCGAAAGGACCAUAUCAAUGCGAACCACAUGAUGAUGUGCAGAUUUCUCAGUCGAGAGGACGAGGGAUACAUAAAGUGUCACGGCGUCAUAGCCAAAUACGUGCAGGAAAUCGAGAGGGGCGCGGAGGCAACACAGCAAGAGCUCGACGAAAAGCAGAAGGCACUGCGAGAAUUGAUACUCCAGAGCCUUAGUACCGCCGCCAUGGAAGACCGGCAUAGACAAAUCGAGAGCGCACACUCGGACACGUUUGAUUGGAUCUUUACCGGCCCAAACGCAGGAUUUAAGAGCUGGGCAGAGAGUGACCACGGCAUUUUUUGGAUCAAGGGCAAGCCCGGGUCGGGAAAGUCGACGCUCAUAAAGUACAUCCUGAACGAUCCUCGCACACUCCAGUAUCUGUCCUCUCGCGACCGCAAGGUUCUCUCCAUGCCUUCCUUCUUCUUCCACGACCGCGGCGAGGACAUGCAGAAGUCGUUUGACGGCCUCCUGCGCUCUGUCCUCUAUCAGCUGGUCUACAACAUCCCGGCGCUGACACACACCAUAUCCAAGUUCUACUACCAACAGAUGGAGAGAUCUGGUGUGUGCACCUGGCCGGCGCCAGAACUCGAGAGCUCUCUGCAGGCCGUGCUUGCACAGCAAAGUGUCCAGGGCUGCGUUUGCCUCUUUGUCGACGCCCUUGACGAAUUCAAGGGGCGCAAAGACAAGAUCACGCGUUUUCUCAAGGCCCUAGCCGCGCCAAAAUCAGGCCAGAGGCUUACCAUCCGCAUCUGCGCAUCGGGGCGUGAUUGGAACGAGUUCCUUAUGCUGAGCGACAACCCGCACAUCAGGCUGCAGGACUGGACGGUUGGCGAUAUCCAGUCGUUCGCCCAAGACCGACUCGCCGAGGCGCGAAGAGAGGACACGAACCUUUUACUAAAAGAGAUCACCGAGCGCGCCGAGGGCGUCUUCCUAUGGGUCAAGCUAGUUGUCGACGAACUGUGGGAGCCGCUGAUCAACGGCCUCCCCAUUAGCGACCUUGUCGCACUCAUGGGCGACCUGCCGGACGAGCUCCCGCUCUUUUACGAGCGCAUUCUGUCCAACAUACCCCAGCGAGACCACGCAAUGUCACUGUGCAUGUUCGAGCUGGUCCUGUCGCCGUUGAGCCACAGACUCAGCCUGAGCGAUUUCUCGCUGGCCGUCGAGCUCAUACAUUCCACUUCCACGCUGCCGCAGGAUGUGGAUUUGGAGAGUGCCGGAGACCGAAAGCGGUGCGACCUUGUACAGAGGCGUGUCAGGGCCUGUUCGGGCGGCCUCCUUGAUGUAACAUUAAUGACAUCCGUGCUCCAGGUUCAGUUCAUCCACCAAACUGCACAGUCCUUUGUGCGCGAUGCGGAAAACAGGGCAUGGUUUGACGGCAAGUCGGCCUCGGAUCUUGCUCUUGCCGGUGCAGAGCGGAUCAUGAGGCUCGUUGUUCAGCUACUUGGUCAUACGGACAAAACUCCGCAGUUGUCUUAUUUCCGCCAUUGGUCCUUAUCAACCCUAGAACUGCUCAAGAGUAACCUCCAUUCGAGCCUUAUUAGCGAGUUUGUCGACCAAGCUCUCGGGUGCCAGAACAUAUCUAGACUUCCAAGUCAAGCCGUUAUGGACGAAUUCCGCGAUUCCAUAGCCGAGCAUUGUGGGCCUAAAUGGCUGGAGACGUACUGGAGUAUAGCUACUAAACACGAUUGGAUUUAUUUCUUCCAAACAAUAUUUAACAGCCUGGUGCCGGCUUUGUUUCUCGAGUUCAUGGUAAUUAGCGGACUGCUCCAGGUCGCCGAGCGCGAGUUGACACAGAACCAGAGCCGGGGCCUCACUAAUGCAGAGAGCACCAGACUUUGUCCCCGCGGAACCGUUUCCCUCAACAUUGCAAACGAUGUGGGACGCCUGAUGACCCAGUUUCGACUACCACACCCGCCCAGAAGCAGCGACAGAGAUAGCAGUAGCAGCACGAGAGUUUCUGGGAAGAGUGCUGUGAUAAUGGUGGAUAUCACGCCUCUGCACAUGGCUCUGGCGGUCGCGUGCACCUACGAUGCGGACAAUGUCCUGGGCCGAAUUUUCAAAGUGGAGAUGGUCCGCAUACUCGUGGAAUGUGGAGCAGACGCGACAGCCAAGUAUCAGAACGUCUGGAGCGCACCGAGGGACCACACAGAGAGGACCGCGGUCCAUUAUCUGCUCUACAAGGAUCCGGAUGAGAAGAAUCCGUUCGACGACCGGGAUCUAGGCGACGCACUGUCGAAGUGCAUCGUCUCUUUCUUCGAUCACGGCCUGGAUCCCAACGCCGUGGACAGCAAUGGCAAAAGCAUUCUCGAGUACGCAAUCCCUUGGUGCCCAGCGAGCCUUAUUGAGAUUCUGCUCCAGAGAGGCGCAAAAAUAACACCAGGCCUGCUCACCGAGACGGGCGAGUUGAUCCCUGCGGCCUCGGAUAUUCUCCGCAAGCCCGAGUGGCGGCGACCAGAAUUCUACACCCCCGAAGCCAACCGCCUUGUGCAGAAGCACAAUCCUGCCUGGGAGCAGGACAGCCCCAUGGGGUUAGUGCAAGGAGUCGGAACCUUUUCCUUUGCGGCGAGAGCUGUAGCCGGCCUGGCAGCAUCAUUUUGGAACUUUUGA